AUGGAUUUCAGCUAUCUUAAACCUCCAAAAUAAGCAAUGCAAAUAAAACAUGCUGGUAUUUCUUACUUAUUUAAAUAGAUGAAUACAUUAAGUAUUAAGUGGAUGGCAAAUUAAAACGAAAUGUGUUUUAUAAUGUUGAAUUUGAAGAUUUCGAAGAAGAAAUGAUUAAAAAAUUAGAGGAUUUAAUCAGGAAAAGAAAGGUUUAGUUACCUGAAUAAUGGGAUAAAUAAACUGCAUUAAAAUUUUGUUAUUCUGGUAAUUUUGACAUUGAGAUGACUUUUUAAACUCUCAUAAAUUAUUUGAAAUGGAAGGAAAAUCCAGAAUAUCAAGUAUUAACUUCGGCAGGAGAAGAUAUUUUAGUAAUUGUAUUUAUUGCAUUUAAGAAAAAAGGAGUUAUCUUUAGUUUGGGAAGAGACAAGCAAUACAGACCAUUAAUUUUUAUUUAGGUUUCAAAAAUAAGCACAAAUAUUGUAAUAAAUUUAUUCAUUCUAUAGGAAUAAUUACCACCAAUACUCAAUGCUUUGUGUGUACUCUUAAAUUACAUAUAAAAAUUUAUGUUGGUACCUUAUUAUGUAGAAAAAUGGAGAAUUAUUGUGGAUUUAAAUGAUAUCAGUUUAUUUAGACUACCUCAUCAAGUAAUUUGAAAUCUAUCUCAUUUCAAGAUAAUUAAAUAAAUUAUUGAUGUAACCUAAUCAAACUACACUGCUUCCUUGGAAUAAUUGCAUCUACUGAAUCCACCUUUCUUUUUAGUAGCAGCUUGGAAGUUAGUUGAAAGUAUCAAAAUAAUCAUAUAUCUAAAGAGUUGAUGCAUCCAGAAACAGCAAAAAAGAUAUAAUUUUGCAAAGACCCAAGUUAUCUAUAAGAAUACAUUAAUGAAGACUAAUUAAUGUUAAGAUACAAAGGAACAUUGCCAAACAUAGCUUGCUUAUGGUAAUACUAUUAUUUUAUUAUUUGAAGGCCCAUAAUAAACACAUAUAGGGGAAUGGGAGAAAGCAAUCAUAGGAAUAUGAUGGAGAGUGGUGUUAAACAAAUGGGAGAAAGUGUUUAGAAGAACCAUAUGGUAGAAAGUGCCUAUUUGAGCAUGUUUGAAUCUUAAUACUAUACGAUAUUAACAUAGAAAGAAAUUGAAUUAAGCAAGCCUUAAGUAAAAGGAUAGUGUUGUGCCUGCAACAUUAUGUGA